AUGUCCUGCAGCACUCAUUCGACAGCAGCGUACCAGUCACGAUGGCUUCUACUCGCCCUUACGACAAUCUGGCUGGCUACCGCCAAUGCCAUGACGCAGGUCCGCAUUGCAGAGUUGCGACAAGAAACGGUUGCAAUGUUCUAUCACGGCUUCGAUAAUUACAUGCGCGUCGCAUUUCCGGAAGACGAGCUGCGUCCUGUAACCUGUGUUCCCUUGACUCGAGACUCGCGCAACCCGCGGAAUGUCGAACUCAAUGAUGUCCUCGGCAACUAUUCUCUCACCUUGAUUGAUAGUCUUUCUACGCUCGCUAUCCUCGCAUCUGCUCCACUGGAUACUGCUGCAACUGGGGCUAAAGCUCUUCAAGACUUUCAAAACGGGGUUGCUUCGUUGGUUCUACAAUAUGGGGAUGGGACCAGCGGACCUUCCGGGAAAGGAUUACGAGGGCGGGGCUUUGACGUCGACAGCAAGGUCCAAGUGUUCGAAACCGUAAUAAGAGGGGUGGGUGGAUUGCUGAGUGCGCAUUUAUUUGCCGCAGGGGAGUUGCCCAUCACAGGAUACACACCUCGCCGAGCAAAAGGUGCUACAAAGCACAAACUUCAGAAAGGUGAGAUUCCGGGGAUUGCAUGGCCCAAUGGAUUUAUAUAUAAUGGACAACUAUUACGACUUGCGUUGGAUCUCGCUCAACGAUUGCUCCCCGCAUUCUAUACUGCAACUGGUAUGCCGUAUCCAAGGGUCAAUCUGCGUCAUGGAAUCCCGUUCUACCAGAACUCUCCCUUGAACAAGGAUCCGGACUCGGAUGAAAACGUUCAAGAAGGUGCACCAGAAAUCACGGAGACUUGCAGUGCUGGAGCCGGAAGUCUGGUCUUGGAAUUUACGGUUUUGAGUCGACUUACGGAUGACCCGAGAUUUGAACAACUAGCCAAACGAGCGUUUUGGGCAGUUUGGAAUAGAAGAAGCUCUAUUGGUCUUAUUGGAGCUGGAGUUGAUGCUGAAAAUGGCGAGUGGAUCGGGCCGUAUGCUGGGAUUGGUGCAGGCACUGACAGUUUCUUUGAAUAUGCCUUGAAGACGCAUAUCUUACUCUCUGGACACGACCAACCAAACCUGACGGUGCCUUUCAAGGAGCCUCACCAAUCAUGGCUGGAUCCGAAUGCCAUUUACACGCCCUUGACGGAAGAACAGAACUCUCCCGAAGCCUUCUUGGCAGCCUGGCAGCAAGCACAUGCAGCUGUCAAGCGACAUCUGUAUAGCGGCAUUCAUCAUCCACAUUACGUUAAUGUUCACUUGGCUACUGGAUCACCGCAAGCUUAUUGGAUCGACAGUCUUGGCGCAUAUUAUCCUGGUUUGUUGACUUUAGCUGGAGAGGUGGAGGAAGCUAUUGAGACAAAUCUGCUGUAUACAGCCCUAUGGACGAGAUAUUCAGCACUCCCAGAACGAUGGUCUGUCCGGGACGGUCAUGUUGAAGGAGGCCUUGGAUGGUGGCCUGGACGACCAGAAUUCAUUGAGUCGAAUUACCAUCUCUAUCGAGCGACUCGAGAUCCUUGGUAUCUUCACGUGGGUGAGAUGGUAUUAGAAGACAUCAAACGCAGAUGCUGGACUCCUUGCGGUUGGUCAGGGCUUCAAGAUGUUCGCACGGGCGAGAUGAGCGAUCGAAUGGAAAGUUUCUUUCUGGGGGAGACAGCGAAAUACUUGUACCUCUUACUGGACCCGGACCAUCCGCUGAACUCACUCGACGCUGCGUAUGUCUUCACCACCGAAGGACAUCCUCUUAUCAUCCCUAAAGAAAAGACAAAUCUAGUCAUCAAGCGAAAGCGAUCUGCUAGCAAAGAACUCCAACCUCAUACUGGCGAGGAACCGCGAGACACUUGCCCAGUUCCUCCUCCACCAAUUCCAUUCACAAUCUCUGCAACCGCAGCUAGGCCUGAUAUAUUCCAUGCAGCAAGCUUGAUAGGCCUGCAUCUCAUUCAAAAUCAUCACGUAAUAGAAGCAGAACCGGCCAAAUUGACGGGGAGGACGGCCAACACGAAAUCUCAACCUGAUAUAGUCACAAAUCAUACCUACUAUCCCUGGACACUGCCACAAUCACUCAUGCCAGUAAAUGGGACCUGCGCCCGUCUUCCAAUGAAACAUACCUUUAGCAUCGAAUUUCCCGUCAGCACACCGUUACAGACUCCCCAGGGCGUUCAAUCCAACUUUAUCGUGUUCGGUCCACAAGGGCUUGUUCGACUGAACGAAGGUAUUCUUGUCAAAAGCCUAUCCGGAUUGAAGGUGGGCAUGGUGUUUGAAUCGCCGUCUCCGUUUAGAACACUUGAUGGCCCGCUCAUGGAGUCCUGGCGCGUCUGGAAUAUCGCCAACAUGGCUCUGGGCCGAGACGAGCAAAUCUUCAUCCCCAGAGAUGUGAUCGGCGAAAUGACCGACCCUUCCUUUACUCGAGUUCGGGACUCCGUGAUGUUUGACAUUGUCCUUCAACUGGAGAGCCCCAUCGGCACCAAUUCAAGCGCUCCUGGCAGCGUUGAAGAAUUCUACGACUCGUCCUCCGACUCUAAACAAGAUAUAUUAGAGGACUCCAGUACUGACCUUGUCUUCGAGGAACAAAUCAGCUCCGCUGGGCUCGCAGCCGAAUACAGAACCAUGCUCUCAUCCCUCCUCCAUCACGUAACAUCCGCUCUCCGUGAUCCAGCCGCAACGCUCCUCCCGCAACAACCCGAGACACCACAGACCUACCCCUUCAUCACCCUCCCCGCCAUCGCCUCCACAGGUAUGGGCGCCGCACCCAUAAUCGACGUCCCAGACGCCCCAGAUCCAAGCCAACCGAGGUCAGAAAGCCUCAUAUGGUCAAACAUCUAUUUCGCCGGUGACGGCUGCCGCACCAAACUCCCCGACGACGCAGCGAAGAAGCACGAAAUAAUAGUCAUGCGACGUGGAGGCUGUACAUUCUCGGAGAAGCUGUCUAAUAUUCCAUCUUUCACGCCCACCACUCGAUCGCUGAAACUGGUGAUCCUCAUCUCGGGCGUCACCGAUGAGAAUGAUCAAUGGCAAGAGGAAGGGUGGCCUGCGGGAAGUGGGUCUUCUUUGUUCAGGCCCUUAUUGGAUAAGGUGCAAGUCACCCCUAGCGGGCUAGUGCGACACCACCAGAUUUGCAUGGUGAUGGUUGGAGGCGGAGAUGAACUUGAGGAGCUGUUUCGAAAGACUAGGAGUAUAGGGCUGAGGAGAAGAUACCAUAUUGAGAGUCAGGGGCUGGUGGUGGGGAAUAUCAUUGUGGUGUGA